AUGGGUUCUUUGCGGAAUAGAUUGGGGGAAUUGGAACAGGCAGCGCGUCUCAACAACGUCGAGAUCCAGGGAGUUCCUGAAAAAAACGACGAGAACCUUUUACAUAUUGUGGAGAAAAUAGGUACUUAUGUUGGUCAUAGCAUCAAUUCAUCAACCAUUGACUAUGCCCACAGAGUGCAGAUUAAUAAAUCUUCUGGCAAAAACACAAUAAAAAAUAUUGUAGUUCGGUUCACAUCACGAGGCGAAAGAGACAGGUUUCUUAUGGCAGUAAGAAACAAACGCAAAAAUAUUAAAACUCCCAGAAUGUCUUUGGACGGUGUAUCAGGUGAAUUCUUCGUUAAUGAACAUCUAACCCUAAAUAAUAAAAUUCUUUAUAAGGAGGCCAGAAUAGCCGCUAAAAACAAGGGGUAUAAAUAUGUGUGGGUGAGAAAUGGCAUAGUUUUCUGCAGGAAGACGGAUACAUCUGGAAUAUUCGUUUUGAAGAACUCGGAUUCCGUUGGAAGGAUGUGA